AUGUCACAAGAAGAAUCUGAAGAUAUAGUGAGAGUGAAACGACCUCUAAAGGAUGAUCAAAUUCUUUCGGUAGCUGAAGAUUUAAGACAAAGAUUUAAGAGAUCUCGACGGUCAUAUUUGACUCAGAGGACUCGUACCAAUAAUGGUUCAUUGCAGGAGGACGACGUAAGUCAUCUGGAUCUGGACCUGAGUCUGGCCCUGGGCCUGGGCCUGGAGGUCGAUCUGGAUGUAGAAGAGCUUGAAGGUCUGAGUACAGAUGAUUUAGAUGAUGAAUUAGACGUAGAAGAAAACUCGGCUACAGCUGGGAUUAUAGAGAAGAUUAUCUUACGUAAUUUUAUGUGUCAUGAUAACUUCGAAUUGAAUCUCGGACCUCGAAUAAAUAUAAUCAUCGGAUCCAAUGGUUCAGGUAAAAGUGCCAUAUUAACAGGUCUUUUAGUGGGGUUAGGUGCAAAGGCAUCACUGACAUCCCGCGCAAGUUCUAUUAACAAUUUAAUUAAGUAUGGGAGGAAUACAGCUCAAAUCACCAUAGUGUUGAAAAAUGAGGGUCCAGCUGCUUAUAAGCAUGAAAUAUAUGGGGAUCGAAUUCUGGUUGAAAGAACGCUUAGAAGAGAAAAAUCUGCAACUUAUUCCAUAAAAUCAGAAUCUGGGAGAGUUAUUACUGAUAAGAAGAAAGACUUGGAUCUGAUCUUAACAAAAUUCCACAUCACAGUUAACAAUCCACUAGCUUUUCUCUCUCAAGACACCGCAAGGGAAUUUUUAACCCAAUCAGAUGGUAAUAAAUUCAAGUUUUAUAUGAAGGGAGCUCUUUUGGAGGAUAUAAUAAACAAUCUUGAAUUAACGGCUUCUCAUAUAAAGAAUGUGGAGACUUCAAUGACAAAAUCAAAAGAGUAUGUCCUCAAAGCAACAGAAUUGUACAAUACUUCAAAACAUACUUAUGAGUUGUAUGACAGACAAAGAGAUCUUCGAAAGCGUAUGGAAACGAUUAAAGCUAAAAUCUAUUGGUUUAAUGUAUUCAGUAUAGAGAAACGACUUACAACUUACAAAGAAAAUCAUGAUGAGAAGCGGAAGGCCAUAGAUGAGUUUGAAGAGGAAAAGUCCAAGAUUAAUGAAAAGCUUCCAGAGCUGGAAACGAAGAAGGAAGCAAUUAUAAAAGAAUCUGAAGACAUGCAACGACAAUUGGAGCAAGUAGAAACCCAAUUACGAGAAAUUGUUGGGGCUAGAAGUAAAAAGAGAUCUGCUGUUCUACAAAAGAGAGAUGAAUAUAAAGAUGCUGAAGGCAAAAUCAAAGAAGAGAAAACUAGAAUCCAAAAGCUUGAGAAGGAAAUUGAUGAUGAAAUGACCAGACUAGAUCAAGCUAAUAGUCAAGGGAAACAUCAUCUUAAAGAAGAGAUCGACAAAAUUAAAGAACUUCUUAAGGAUAAUGAGGCUGAAAGAGUUUCCCAAAGUACUGUGUUGGAGUCAUUGGAAAACAAAGUCAAUGAUUCAGAAUACGAUGAACAGAAAAGUGAGAUUUCAAGAAGAAUUGAGCAGAUGGAACGUGAACUUGAUAAUGUUUCUACUGCCACAAGUAAUAAAUAUGGUCCCUGGGGUAAGAGUAUGACGGAAAUUAUUCGAGAUAUUUCUGCUAAGAGUUCUCAAUUCCAUCGUAGUCCUGUCGGACCCUUGGGAGUACAUAUUUCCAUAAAGCCUCACUUUUCCAGUUGGAAGAAGAUGUUGAACUCAAUUCUUCAGAAAUCACUUGCAUCUUUUGUUGUUGUGGAUGAACACGAUAGAAAUAUCUUGUCUGGGAUAUUAAAGAAACAUACAGAUGUCCAUAACAUGGCCAAUAUUAUAGUUCGGAAGUAUGAGGAGUUUGAUUAUAGCAAGGGUCAAGUAAAUGUGGGUAAAAGUAUUUUAGAUGCUUUGACUUUCGAUAACGUUGUUGCUAAAUAUACAUUGAUUGAUACAAAUUCCAUUGAACUGACUCUUUUGGCAUCCUCAGAAUCCCAGCUAAAGGAAUUUGCAUCUUUGCCUGGUGUUUUCGCUAGUUUGAAACUCCAUGACGAGAAUAGUGGUGUGAGAGCCACUAAAAAAGGUGCUUCUUACAAUAAUGAUCCAGUAUUUUACAAGCGAGGUCCAGCAAUGUUUUCUGGUGGUGUCUCAGAAGCUGAUGUCAAUGAAAUACGUCAAUCGCUUUCUCUGCAAAGACGAAAGCUUGAAGAGUUGAAUAGUGGCGAGAGAGAUAUUCUUAAUCAAGUGAAACACAUCAGAAGGACUCAAGCAAAGCUUGGAGUCGAAGAAAGUAAGCUUAGAAGACGUCGAACUCAAUUAGAACAGGAGAUGCGUAAAGAAGGUGAUACGGCUUUAAUUGAAAGAAACAAAGUUGAGAUUGAAAAUCGUGGAAUCAGUAUCAGCAAUCUCAUGAGAAUUUUGGAUUCACUUAAGGAUGAGAUUAGAGAAGACCAUGAAACCCUUCAGGAGUUGAAACAGAAAGAGAAGGAACAGCAGGAGAAAGUUCAAAUAGUUAAAAAGAAGCAUAGGACAUUAGAGAAGUCUAUUCAAGAAUGUGAGUCCCAACAAGAUGAGUAUAGGAAUUUGAAGGCACAGUUAGAUGCCCAAAUCAUACGAGAACAGGAAGCAUUAGAAACCAUUGCUAAGAAACGAGAUGAUAUGCAGCAAACCAUGCUUCCACACCUUGAAAAGGCACAAGAAUUAUGUCCUCGGGAAGAUAUCCAUAUAGAUUGGGAGCAUGAUACAAAGGAAAGUAUCACUCAAGAGUACAAAGAAGCUCAAGCACAAGUGGAAGAAAUGGAACGUGGUAUUGGGAGAUCAUUAGAAGAUGUACAACAAGAAUUUACUGUGGCCAAGCAGAAAUUACAGGAUGCUACAGAACAGAAUAAUGAAGUGAUGCGCUCUUAUGAACUGUUUAGAGAUCAAAUGGAGAUGAGAAAAGAGUUUUUAUAUCUUACCAUAAGGAACAAUAAUAGUUCAAUGAACCAAGCCUUUGAGCAAUCUCUUUCUUACAGAGGGAUGCAUGGAAGAUUACAUAUGAAUCUUGAUAGUCAAUCAUUAGUGCUUCAUGUUCAAACAAGAAAUGAACAAGAUAAGAGAACAGUUGAUUCACUUUCUGGUGGUGAAAAGUCUUUUGUUCAAAUUGCAUUUCUACUGUCACUUUGGCACAUUAUGGAAUCCAGAGUUCGUGCAUUGGACGAAUUUGAUGUCUUCAUGGAUAGUGUUAACCGGACUGUGGGUAUAAAAAUGUUAGUACAAGAAUUACAAAAUCUUCCUAAAUCACAAACCAUUUUCAUUACUCCACAAGAUACUACAAAUAUGGACUUGGACUGGCAGGCACUCGGGGUUAAGAUCCAUAGAUUACAGCCUCCUAGACACUAA